ACAGCACACAGAGAGAGUGUGGUGUGUAGAUUUUCAUACGUAUGUAUAAGCGAUAUAUAACCAGCAUACCCAUUUGUAUUUGUAAUAAUCGUAAUAAUAUACAUAUGUAUGUAUUUACACAUACAUUUAUAUAAAUUAUAAGCAAUACAGUCAAUACAGAUUAUUACACAUUCACACAGAAUACUAAACUAAAAAAGUAUAACGAGUAUACAUCAGCAAAUAUAAACAUGGAGACGGAGCAUUUAAACCAAUAUCAUUAUAAACGAUCAACAGCUCAACGAACGAACGACGACGCCGAUGAUUAAUAGUAUAGACGUGAGAAAACAUAAUUGUUUAGCAAAGGCUAAGUCAUUUUUCUUUUUUAGUGUUUUGCGAUAGUCACACUACCAGAAAAAUAUGAUACUGUGUAUGCUAACUGAAAACAAUUGUUUUGUGCAUAAUUGCAUGAUGACGUUUAUCAGUUUAGCCAAAAAAAUAUUUUUAUAGUAAUAAUAAUAAAAACAACUAUAAAAACUUAUACAACAACGAAACUGUUAUUUCAGUCACGGAAUUAUUAUUGAAUUGUCUUUUUAUUUAACCAGUAUGUGUUUGUGUCAUCGCAUAAAAAACAUUAUGGUUUUAUUCGACAUGUAGCAUGGAAAAUUAAAAUGGUCUCAAAAAAAGAAACCCAUAAAUGUAAGAAAUUUUUUAUUGAUAGAUAAAUCCAAGAAAAAAUAAAUAAAAUAAAAUAAAAUUUAUAAUAUAAAAAUCAUAUGCUUAGUAAAAGCUACCUCGCACAGCUUAGUAGUCCUAAUUCUUAUAUAAUGGUUCAGCAAAGGAUUCCUGGUUUAAAUAGUCAUUGUGGUGGUCGACGUUUUGUAUUGACGUUAGCAACAGGAAUGAUAUUUGGAUUUUUCUCAGCGUGUCUUUUAAUCACAGCAACCAAAGAUGUGCCACAUAUAUUAAGUUGGAUGCCAGGCAGGUCUAGUCUUAGAGAUCCUCAUCAUUAUUCAGAACUUGAUAAUGAAUUAGGACCUAAUGUAGAAGUUAAUUUUCAUGGAAAUGAUGAAGAUUUUCACAAAGGUGAAGACAAAGUUGCUCAAGAAAUGGCUAAAAAAAUUCGGGUUUUAUGUUGGGUAAUGACUAAUCCAAAAAAUCAUCAAAGUAAAGCACGUCAUGUUAAGGCAACGUGGGGUAAACGUUGUAAUAUUCUUUUAUUUAUGAGUUCAGCAGAAGAUUUAACUUUACCAACUGUAGUUUUAUCAGUAAAAGAAGGCCGUGAUAAUUUAUGGGCUAAAACCAAAGAGGCAUUUAAAUACGCUUAUGAAAAUUAUAAAGACGAAGCCGACUGGUUUAUGAAAGCGGAUGAUGAUACAUACGUGAUAGUAGAAAAUUUACGAUACAUGUUAUCGUCGUACGAUCCAUCAUCUCCGUUGUAUUUUGGUUGCCGUUUUAAGCCAUUUGUAAAACAAGGAUACAUGAGUGGUGGAGCUGGUUAUGUACUUAGUAAAGAAGGUUUAAAAAAAUUUAUCAACGAUGCAUUGCCUGAUAAUACUAAAUGUCGUCAAGAUAAUGGUGGUGCUGAAGACGUUGAAAUGGGUAAAUGUUUAGAAAAUGCUGGAGUAAAAGCCAUGGACACACGAGAUCCUCAUGGAAGAGGAAGAUUCUUUCCAUUUGUACCAGAACAUCAUUUGAUACCUAAUCAUGUUGACAAAAGCUUUUGGUAUUGGAAAUAUAUAUAUUAUGACACUAAAGAUGGUUUAGAUUGUUGUUCAGAUAGUGCUGUGUCGUUUCACUAUGUUUCGCCAAAUAUGAUGUAUGUUUUAGAGUACUUGAUUUAUCAUUUAAGACCAUAUGGUAUCACCCACAAGGUUCAAGAUAUUCAGACAAUAUCACCAUCCGUGAAACCGACUAUUACCAUUACAGAAUCCUAGUCUUAAAUAAUUCAUUAAUAGUUAUUAACUACAAGAAUGGUUAUUUAAAUAUACUGUUUUCAUUAAUGUUAACAGUGAAUUGAACAAAACAAAAAACAAAAAAUAACCCAUUGAAAACUUUAUGCUAGUCAGCUGUUAAUAAUAAUUACAACUAUUUAUCACGUUAACGUGAUAAAUUGUAAAUCUUGUUUUUUUUUUUUUUUUUUUUUAAAUUGGUUUUAGAAGUAUCAAAGUGCAAGGAAAAAAAGAAAAAAAAAUAACUCCUGCGGCACACAGGGAACAAUAACAUAAAAGAGUUAGAAAAAAAUAAAAUAAAAUAAAUAAUGAUAAUAAUCUUGUGUCGAU